AAUCUAUUCAUAAAUAUGGCGACAGCGGUGAGCGAGUUCGAGCCGUGGCUCAUUGAUAAAUUAAAACUACUUAAAACGGAUGAAAAUGUAUUUAGUUCUUAUAUUUCUGGUAUUUUAGAAAGCGAUGAUUCGAUUGAGGACAAAAAAGAGGCGCUGGAAGGGAUUCUGUCGGAAUUUGUAACACAGGACAUUUCUCAACAUGUCAAUGAAAUAAUUGAUAAGUGGCAACUUUGUCAACCAAAAGAUGAAGAAGCAUCAAAACCUCCUGCCGAUGUAGAUAUUCAACUUGCCAAAUUAUUGGACUCCCAGUCAUUGGCUACAACAACACGUAAAGAAUAUACAGAUGAAGAGAAAAAAAUACGAGAAGCUAUAUUGUCCCAAUACAGUCAACUUUCUGAUAAAGAGGACAGUGAAGAAAAUGAAGAUGAACAAACAAAUUCAGACUUAGUGAAAAACACAAAUGUAUCAGAUGUUCAAGCUGCAGCAAGGGAAAGACGAGAGCAAGCUAGACUUGAAGCCCAAAGAAAAAAGGAGAAGGAUAGAGAAGACAGAGAAAAACAAAAACAACAAAAAGAGGAAAAAAAGGAGAAACGAAAAACACAAAAAGGUGAAAGGAAGAGGUAGCAGCUUGCUAAUGGUUUAUGUUUAUGCUGCUUAUCUAAGAUUUUAAAACUAUUACUUACUUUAAUAAAUGUUGUAUAAUAA